GGGACAGAAAACGCGUCAUCAAAGACUUUUUGAGGGUUAGCUUGAUAGUGCCACCUCCACCACCGCGUCGUAGUGUACAACGAGGUGGCCAAGUAGCAACUUAUUUAUCGAGUAAUCCAGGAGCAACUGCAAGAACAACAAGUCUAGAAGGAGUGGGUGGAGAGCCCUCUGUGUCGAAAGGCGAAGAUGAUGAGGCAAAGGAUGAAACUACUGAACAUCAAGUACCAGGGGAAAAACAGGAUGAAGCACGCAGAAG